CACAGCACAGCGCACCGCAUUCAGCACGGACAGGACACAGGCCUGGACGAUAAUCACAUUCUUGUUAAAACGUUUAGGUUCUACUAUAGAAACACACAAUGUCUCACGUCGUUACAACUACUACUACCACCACAACGUCAUCAUCUGGCGGAGGGGUCGUAAAUCUCGGUUACGGUCGCUCUGUCUCGGGACUUUUGAAAAUCGCGCAAGUGGUGACACUGCUGAUUGCCUACUUGUGUGUGAGUUUGUCCAGAACUUGGACGGACUACUCUGCGCUGCGCUACUUUGAGGUGGUCACUCUCUGGUUCCUCAUAGCCUUCUCCAUUUUCUUCCUCCUGCACAUCCUCAGGCUCACCAGCAAAAUACCCUGCAUCAACUGGACCCUAACGGAGUUCCUGCACUAUGUGAUUGGUACCAUCCUCAUCUUCAUCGCGGCCAUAGUGGUGGCCAUAAAGGCACAUGGGGUGAGCGCCCUGAUCGCAGGAUCGGUCUUUGCCUUCAUUGCCACUGCUCUGCUGGGCUACAACGUGUGGACUUCUUACCGAGUCACUUGUGGAUCACAACCCACAGGCGCAGCUGUUUAAGGAAUGACAUGCUCCCUCCCAAGACAUGAGACGCCUCAAGUUUGAGUCGGGAUAAGAAAGCACUUCUACUGUUUUGGUAUUGCAUGCCAAGCUGCCUUGGGCGUUUUCGAUCAACAUUGAUAGCCUACAUUUUUCAAAUUGUGCCUUUUAAAGAGGUCAACGAAGGAUUUUUAUGAGAAUGAAGUAUUAAGAGCUUGGUAACACUUUAUUUUAGCAUUACAUUAGCACUAAUACAUACGUUAAUGCUUGUAUACUGUACAAGUUGCCUUACAAGUUACUUAUACAGACAUUAACAUUGUAUGUAUUUGUGAUAAUAGAUGUAAUGCUAAAAUAAAGUGUUACCAAGAGUUUGUACAAUAUUUAUUUUAGCUUUUUAUGUAUUGAAUGACAAAUGAGUUUCGGGUUUCACUUCAUGACAUUGUGCCAUGUGAGGAGUUUAUUUCCAAAACUUAAGAACAUAAGUGCAUUUUUAUACAAAAUAUACAUUUGAAUAGAAUAGAUUGGAAUAUAGAUUGAAUCAUUUGUUUCUACAAAAAAUUAGCCACUCUAUGAACUAAAAAAAAAAAUAAACCCAAAAAAGUGUUAACUUCACAAGCACAACAUAUAUGGUGGGACCAGUUUUUCAUUUGUUGACUGAAGUGAGUUUUUGAAGUAGUGGUCAGCUGAUCUUUGCCAACCUUUAUAGUUUCUUUUUAUACAAACUUCAUUGACUAUAUUAUUAUUGUGUAUGCUUUGUGUUGGUCCAGAUUUGGACAUGCAGCUGUUUACCUUUUCCAUAAAGUUGCCAAUUUCAUAA